AUGUUAAAUAAUACAUUAGAUCACAACUUAACAUCAUUUCGUAGUACUAUUAUUUUAGUUGCUAUUUUUUUCGGUAGUAUUGCGAUUAUGCUUAAUUUUAUUAUUAUUAUUUAUUUAAUUCGUCAUGGUAAAUUUGCAAAGUAUUCUAAAAAACAACGUAGUCGUCGUGUUGGACUUCUUCAUUCAAUUAAUACAUAUAUUCAUCUCAUUGGAUUAUUAGCAACACUUGUAAUAAUGUGUAUUAGAACAUUGUAUGGUGAUUUAUAUCAAGAAAAACGAGGUGAAAAUUUUAUUUCAUGGCAUUGCCAUUUUUUAGGAUAUUUAAUGUCACUAUUUGGAGCAGGUGUUUAUGGUUCAUGUUUUUUACAAGCACUUUAUCGUUUUUGGAGAAUUAUUACACCAAAUCGAGAUCUUUUUCAAAAUCUAUGUUUUCACAUACACUUAAUCCUGGUUCAUUGGAUAUUUAUUAUAACUUUAUUAAUACCUAUUCUAUCUCGUUCUGUUUAUAUAUCAUCUGAUCAUUUUUGUUUAAGUCCAUUUAAUGAUCGAUGGACAGCAGCAUAUAUUUCAUUGAUAACAGCUGUAAUUCCUGUUACUGGAAUAUUUAUACUUUAUAUAAAAAUUGUAAUUCAUAUGAAACAUAAUUUACAAACUAAAAAACAAUGGAGACGUAUGAAACGUGAUAUUUCAACCAUAAGAAGAAUUCUUUUAUUAGUUCUUAUUAUAUUACAAACAAGUAGUACAGGAAUUAUACUUUGGAUUUUAACAUUUUUUUAUAAAAGUUUUCAUCCACUUUUUUAUCGACUACUUCGAUUUUUAAUGAUAUUAUGUAUGCUUAUAUGUAGUAUUACUUUAUUGAUGGUUUCUCCAGAAUUAAAACGAGCAUUUCAAUCAAGUAGUCAUAAACAAUUAAAGAAACGUUAUUAUACAUCAAAAAAACAAACGUCUUUGAAUAAUACUAACGAAAUAACACAAAUACAAAACAUACCUCGUUCAUAA